ACAGAUCAACGUUCAGAGGCUGAGCAGUGUUAUUAAGACAUUGACCGUGUAAAGAACAACAACUUAAUCCGUUAAACUUUUAGUGAUGGGGAUUCUUUGGUUUGUAAUCCCAACAAUAAUAUUAUUGUUGUAUACGUACUAUAAAAAAUCAUUUCAAUAUUGGGAAAAAAAAGGAAUAGCAACAAUAAAACCUAAAAUACCCUUUGGAAAUGUUGGUAACCCAUUCGAUGGCAAAGGAAUUGAAAGAAUGGUGCGUAUGUACGAAACAUUUAAAUCUAUGGGGGUCCAAUAUGGUGGUUUUUACGCGGGAGCGUCACCAAUGUUGUUAUUAAUUCAUCCAGACGCAGUUAAAACGAUUGUAAAUAAGGAUUUUCAAAGUUUCAACAGUCACGGUAACGUUUUCGACGAAAAGGAAGAACCGUUAUUGGGCCACUUAUUCAAUUUAGAAGGAAAAAGAUGGCGUGAUAUGAGAGUGAAACUAACGCCAACUUUUACUUCUGGAAAAAUGAAGAUGAUGUUUCAAACGAUGUUAGAUUGCGGCGUGCAACUUGAAAAGUUUGUUCUUGAAUGCAACGCAAGUGGAAAACCGUUAGAUAUUAAAGAUACCGUGGCGUGUUACACCACUGACGUCAUUGGUUCAUGUGCUUUUGGAUUGGAGUGUAAUAGCUUCACUAAUCCUAACGCUGAAUUUAGAAAUUACGGGAGAAAAAUUUUUACACCAAGUAUAAAAUUUACUUUAAGAAGACUUUUAAAUCUUCCACCUCGUAUCAUAAAAUUGUUACAUUUACGUGUACUUAAUCAAGAUUUGUCUGAUUUUUUCAUCGGCGUGGUAAACGACACCAUCAAUUAUAGACGGACACAAAACAUCACAAGAAAUGAUUUCAUGCAAAUUUUAAUGAACAUGCAAGACUCCGCAAAAGCAGAAGGAAAAGCAGCGAUGACCACGGAAGAAAUUGCUGCACAAGCAUUUGUUUUUUUCUUAGCUGGGUUUGAAACAUCAUCAACCACCGCAUCAUUUUGUUUAUACGAAUUAGCCCAUGAUCAAGAUAUACAAGAUAAAUUACGCGAGGAAAUUCGUUCGAAAAUAAAAGAAAAUGGCGGUAAAAUCACUUAUGAUGGAAUCAUGGAAAUGAAAUAUUUAGACCAAGUUGUUAACGAGGCUUUACGAAAAUAUCCACCAGUCCAUGUCCUUCCAAGACGAUGUACCGAAAAUUGCGUUCUCCCAAACGGAGCUCUUAUUGAAAAAGGCACAAAAGUUUUCGUAAGCGUUUUAGGAAUGCAGAGAGAUGAGGAAUAUUUUCCAAAUCCUGAAAAAUUCGAUCCAGAUAGAUUUUCCGAAAAAAAUAAGCAUAAAAUUAUUCCUUACACAUAUUUACCGUUUGGGGAAGGCCCAAGAAUUUGUAUUGGUUUAAGAUUUGGAGUGAUGCAAACAAAACUUGCUAUGUGUUUAUUAUUAAAAAAUUUCAAGUUGUUUCCUCAUUCUUCCGUUAAAUAUCCCUUGCAGUUUGAUAGUAAUUCUGUGGUUUUAUCUGGAAAAGACCCUAUUAUUCUUACAACCGAAAAAGUUAAUUGAUAACCAUCACUAAUCACAGAAGUCGAAAUUGGUUCCCAUGGACUCUGGACUGGUAACAAAAGUGAUAGAAAUAAUAAAAACUUUGUUAUUAAUACUCUUUAUUUAUUAGAAAAUAAACUAAAAAAAAUUA